AUAAUUCAUUAGUUCAAUAUUUUAAUGAUCUUAAGGCAAAAUAACUACUGAUCUAUAAAACAGGAUCCAGAUUUCAUUGAGGAACAAAUUCCACAAGCAGCAAGAUAUGCAGACUAAAGCAUUUGUAGUUGUUCUGGUUAUAGCGGUAUUGGUUAUAACCGCUGAAGCUAACUGCAAGAAAAAAUGCGAAACCAAUCUUGAGAAAAGUAAGAAAGAAUGCAAAAGAAACCAUCCUAAUAACCAUGAUAAGAAGAAAAAAUGCUUCGACCGCUGUGAAAAGGAGGAGAAAAAAUGUAGAAAGAAGUGCAACAAACGUGAACUGUUUUCUGACCUCGAUUUAGAUCUGGAGGAAUAGCAGGAAAGGAUUUGACAAUGAUGUCAAAAUAGAAUAUUAUUAAUAAAUAUAUGAAAAGGCA